UAGAUUUUCUCUUUAUUUUGAAAAAAAAAAAAAAAAAAAAAAAAAAUUUUUAAAAAGUUUUAAAAAAUAGUUUUAUCACAAAACAAAAAAAAAUAAUAGUAAUAUAACAAUAAUUUGUCUCAAUUUUUCAAAUUUUCAAAUCCUCGAAAUAAACAAAAGCAAAAUUGAUCAACAAAAAAACAUCACUACAUUGCAAUAACAAAAAACAAGAUAUUGUUAAUUGUUUGGAUGAAUAGUUAAUAUAAUGGAUUCAAAUACAAGUAAUAUAUGCUUUGAUCCAGAAACUGAUGGACUACCAGAUGGAUCAAAUGCAUUCAGGAUUAAUAUAGAAGAUUUAGAAUUUGGUCCAGAAAUUGGAAAAGGUGCAUAUGGUAAAAUUUUUAAAGGAGAAUAUUUUGGCACACCAGUUGGUAUUAAAGAAAUUUCAUUAUCACCAAAUGAUGUUAAAUAUAAAGAUUUAAUUAAAUUUAUACAAAGAGAGGUAGCAAUGUUAAGAUUUAGCCACCCAAAUUUAGUGCAGUUUAUUGGAGUUUCAGAAAAAGGAUCAAAUUUAUAUAUUGUAACAGAAUUUGUAUCAGGAGGAGAUUUAGCAUAUUAUUUAUUUAGAAACAAGAAUGAUGACACACCAGAGCAAUUUAUGCACAGAAAAGUGAACAUUGGAAGUAGCUCAACACCAGAUUUAGAUACAACAAGCGAAAAACUAGUACCAUUAACAUGGCCAUUAAGAAUAAAGAUAGCUUAUGAUGUAGCAUGUGCAAUGGCGUACCUUCACUCACGUCAUGUUAUUCACAGAGAUUUAAAAUCGACCAACUUAUUGGUUGGUGACAGCUGGAAAAUUAAAGUGUGCGAUUUUGGAUUUGCAAGAACAGCAUAUGCAGGUCGUGCUAAACGUACAAUGACAAUUUGUGGAACUACUAAUUGUAUGGCACCAGAAGUUAUAUUGGGACAAGACUACAAUGAAGCAUGCGAUGUUUUCUCAUAUGGUAUCGUUUUAUCAGAAAUUAUUACACGUUUAGAAACAACCAAUAAUCUACGUCCCUCCUCUUUAAAAUACGGUUUGGAUGUCGAUAUUUUAUUACCGUUAGUUCCAAAAGAUUGUCCACCUCCAUUUUUAAAAUUGGUUUUCGAUUGCACCGAAUACGAUCCUGACCAAAGACCAACCUUUAAAGAAAUUACCGAACGUUUAAAAAGUUUAACCAAACGUUUAUCAAUUCCAAAUGUUUUACCACCUCUUAGAAUACUAGCUCAAUCGCCAAUUACAUCACCAUUACAAUCACCAUGUUCAAAACUACUUUAUAAUAAUGUUUUUAAAUCGAUUUCAUUAAAUAAUGGUAGCACAAGUAGUAACAAUAGUAGUAGUAGUAGCGGUAGUUUUCAUCAAAAUAACAAUAAUAAUAAUAUAGAAAUACAGGUAAAUUGUAAUAGUUUUAAUAAUAAUAAUAAUGAUAUACAGAAUAAUGAUAAUAUUGAAUUAAAUGAAAUUUUAAUCAAUAUACCGAAUAGCCCAAAUAGUAAUUUAAAUUUAAAUAUAAAUGGUGGUAGAGAAGAAAUAAUGUCACCAAUUUCAAUGGGUGACGAAAGUGAUUUAGAUUCAGAUGAUGAUUUAUUAACAGAAGAUGACUCAUAUUCAUCAGCAUCAUCAUCAAGAUGCAGUUCGAGAAAUGGCGGUAAAUCUUUUACCAAUGGAAGCGGCGGCUCUGCUAAAAAGCAUGGAAUGGGUUAUAUUAUUAGACAUCAUUAUGGAGAUGUAGGUUUAGAAUUAUCAGGUGGAAGCAGUCAUGGUGGAAGCGGUAUCAGUUUAAAUGUUGAAGGUGUAUCUUCAUCAUCACCAAUCACAAUUCAAUCAACAUCACCAAAUUUAUUGGUUGGAAUAGGUUUAUCAACAACUCCAUCAUCAUCGAAAUCACCACCAUCAUCAUCACUUUCACCACCAUCAUCUGUAAAAUCUUCAAACUAUAGCAAAUCCAUUUCCCCAAUCAAUGGUAUUGGUGGCAGUAGUGGAAGCAAUAGUAGACAUAGCUCACCAAAAUCAAAUCGUUUCUCAAAUGGUUCAUUAAAAGAAAAAUUUCAACAAUAUCAACAACAACAAUUUAAUUUAAAAUCUAUUGGUGCAAAUUGUAAUGAUGAAAAUGAUAAAGAAUUGGAAGAACUAUCAAAAUCAAUUGAUGACUCUUUAAGAUUACAAUUUUCUCCAUUAAACAUUUCACCAAGUGGCAAACAUUAUUUUAAACAAAUACAACAUAAUAACAAUAAUCAUUUAAUUUCUCCAACUAUAAUCUCAACAUCAGCAUCCUCCUCAUCAACCUCAACACCUUCAUUGGUAAGUCAGUUGUUAAGAGUAGAUAAUUCAACCUCAACAUCAGCCACAUCAUCUCCUGCUACUAAACCACUUUCUUCGAUUGCUUCAAAUUCCUCGGUUUUCACUCCAUUAAGUGGUUUAACUAGAACUGUACAAAGUUAAAAAAAAAAAAAAACUACCAGUAAUAUAAUAAACAAUAAUAAUAAAAACAUAAGAAUAAACAGCUAAUAACAAUAAAAAAAUAAACUUAUUAUUAUUUUUUUUUAUAGAAAAU